AUGGCACAGCCUGGAAACCGCAAGGCGGGUAACCGCCGCCGUUCCAGCGGAGAGCAGGCGGUUAUUGUCGGAGUGCUGCUAACGCUGAUCUUUCUCGUUUACAACGGCCGGUUUCCAUCUAUUUUUCCGUCUCGCAAGAGCGCCCAGUACGACAACCUCAGCGCCACGGCGCUGCGCAAACUCCAGGCGGAGGAUGCGGCGCUCCUCGCGCCGGAAGAACCGGAGAGCGAGGGAGAGAGCCAGGCAGCUUUUGACGCCGACGAGGGGCCUUACUACAUGGAGCCGCGGGUCAAAGACUGGGACGAGCAGCGGAACGCGUACAUCGCGGCGCACCCGGGGUGCAACGCGACGCGCGACGGCAAGCCCAAGGUGAUGCUGGUCUCGGGCUCCAACAGCAAGCGGUGCGGCGAGGGCCCCAACAGCGGCGACUUCUUACUCCUCAAGUUCCUCAAGAACAAGCAGGACUACGCGCGCGUGAACGACAUGCCGUUCUACUACGGCAUGGGCGCCAUUGACCCGCGGCUCAAGACGUUCUGGGUGAAGCUGCCCAUGCUGCGCAUGCUCAUGCUGCAACACCCGGAUGUGGAGUGGUUCCUCUGGGUCGACUCCGACGCCAUGAUCACCGACAUGGCGUUCCGGUACCCCAUCGAGAGGCAGGCGGACAAGGUGCUCGUGAUGUCUGGGCUGGACGCUGACGUGUACGGCAAGAAGGACUGGGUGGCCCUCAACACGGGAAGCUUCCUCAUCCGCAACUCCCAGGACGGGCUGGACCUGCUGGACGACUGGGGGCAGUACGGGCGGUCGGAGAAGGUCACGGUCAAGUGGGGCGAGAUCGCCAGCCGCGUGCUCCAGAAACGCAAGAACUGGCCGGCGGACGACCAGACGGCGCUGGUGCUGAUGCUGACGGGCGAGGGCGAGAGCGAGGAGGACAGGGCCAAGGGGCUCAAGCCGCUGGCGGACCGCUGGGCUCCGAAAACGCACCUGGACCCCACGUACACUCUGCACGGCUUUUGGGGAAUCUUCGUAGACAAGCUGGAGCAGAUAGCAGCCAAGUACCACAACGGAGUGGGCGACUGGGAGUGGCCCUUCACGGUGCACUUCACGGGGUGCAAGCUGUGCGACCGCAAGUUCUCCGACUAUGACCCCGACACCUGUGACCGCGGGAUCCACCGGUCGUAUGCCUUUGCGGACAACCAGGUGCUCAAGAGGUAUUCGUCGGACGAGGAAGAGGAGGAGAGGAGAGAAGGAAGGGGGAAAGAGGAGAAGAGGAGGGAGAAGGCGAAGGGAGGAGAGUCGGACCGGCAUGCUUCGAAACAUGCGGAUCGGCGUCGGAGCGAGAAGCGGCGAUCUGCCAGCGACGACGACGAGGACGAAGAGGCGGAGCGGGGGAAGCUACGCGGCGGCGAUCGCGAUGGCGGGAAAAGAGGGAGAGGCGGGAGAGACAGUCACAGCACAGGCGGGAGGCGGAGGAGGGGGAGCGAGUCCGCGAGUGAAAGCGAUUCGGAAUCGGAGGGGGAGAGGAAGAAGGGGCGGCGGAAGGGGGGCGAGGAGGGGAGUGAGGGACGAGGGGCGAAGGGGGGCGGGCGGAGAGCGCGUGUACGGCGUAGCGGGAGUGACAGUAGCGAGGAUGAGGCGAAGGAGAGGAGACGGAACAGGCAUCGCGACCAGGAGGAGGGGGGGGAGGAUGAGCGAAGAGCGGGGAAAGCGGCGAGGGAGGAGAGAGCAAGAGGGAACGAGUCGAGGACCAAAGCGCGUGGCACAGCUGCUGCUACUUCUCCUGCUGCUGCCGCCACGGGGGCUGCUACCAAGCCACUGCGCGCCAAGCCAGCCCAACCAGCCAAGCAGGCCCAACCAGCGCGCGCGCAGCCACCCCUGGAUGCAGCAGCGCUGGCAGCAGAAGCUGCGCGCGCUGCUGCUGGUUUUGGCCCCUCCGCCCCCGCCUCUUCCGCUGCUCCCCCACCCCUCCCCCACCCCCCAGCCCUCCCGCCGUCGUUCCCCCCUCCCCCGUCCGCCUCCGCCCCUCCCAUCCUCCCCCCUCCUCCGCCCCCCCCGCACUACCCCUUCUCCGCGCCGCCCCCUCCCCCGCUUGGCGGCCCCCCUGUGCGCGCCGGGAAUGGGGCUGCGGCAGAGGGUAGGGUGAUUGCUGACGUGGACAGAUCCGCGUCGGGGGGGAGAGUUCUUGCUGACGUGGAUCCUGAGACGCUGCAGGCCAUGGAAGCAACGCAGAAGGCGCUGGAGGCGAAGGAGGGGGAAAAGAAGAAGGUGAGGGGGGGGGAGGAUAAGGUGAGGGGGGGGGAGGAUAAGACAGCACAGCCGCCGUUCGAGCUGUUGGGGAAGCUGGCUGAAGAGGACUUCUGUCUCCCUCCAUCGCGCUUCUUCCCCACCCCUCCUUCACUCCUUCCUUCCGUUGCUGCGUUUCCCCUGGCCCCCCCUUCCACCCCACCCCACCCCACCCCACACCUUCCAGGCAACACAGGCGCUGCUCGGGCUGAAGGGGACUUGUGUCUCCCUCGCUCAAGGGGACUUGUGUCUCCCUUGCUCAAGGGGACUUGUGUCUCCCUCGCUCAAGGGGACUUGUGUCUCCCUCGCUCAAGGGGACUUGUGUCUCCCUCGCUCAAGGGGACUUGUGUCUCCCUCGCUCAAGGGGACUUGUGUCUCCCUCGCUCAAGGGGACUUGUGUCUCCCUCGCUCAAGGGGACUUGUGUCUCCCUCGCUCAAGGGGACUUGUGUCUCCCUCGCUCAAGGGGACUUGUGUCUCCCUCGCUCAAGGGGACUUGUGUCUCCCUCGCUCAAGGGGACUUGUGUCUCCCUCGCUCAAGGGGACUUGUGUCUCCCUCGCUCAAGGGGACUUGUGUCUCCCUCGCUCAAGGGGACUUGUGUCUCCCUCGCUCAAGGGGACUUGUGUCUCCCUCGCUCAAGGGGACUUGUGUCUCCCUCGCUCAAGGGGACUUGUGUCUCCCUCGCUCAAGGGGACUUGUGUCUCCCUCGCUCAAGGGGACUUGUGUCUCCCUCGCUCAAGGGGACUUGUGUCUCCCUCGCUCAAGGGGACUUGUGUCUCCCUCGCUCAAGGGGACUUGUGUCUCCCUCGCUCAAGGGGACUUGUGUCUCCCUCGCUCAAGGGGACUUGUGUCUCCCUCGCUCAAGGGGACUUGUGUCUCCCUCGCUCAAGGGGACUUGUGUCUCCCUCGCUCAAGGGGACUUGUGUCUCCCUCGCUCAAGGGGACUUGUGUCUCCCUCGCUCAAGGGGACUUGUGUCUCCCUCGCUCAAGGGGACUUGUGUCUCCCUCGCUCAAGGGGACUUGUGUCUCCCUCGCUCAAGGGGACUUGUGUCUCCCUCGCUCAAGGGGACUUGUGUCUCCCUCGCUCAAGGGGACUUGUGUCUCCCUCGCUCAAGGGGACUUGUGUCUCCCUCGCUCAAGGGGACUUGUGUCUCCCUCGCUCAAGGGGACUUGUGUCUCCCUCGCUCAAGGGGACUUGUGUCUCCCUCGCUCAAGGGGACUUGUGUCUCCCUCGCUCCCCACCCCAUCACUUCACCCUCCUAGUUUUGGACCGCCUAAAAAUAUGAAUUAUGUUUCCUUCUUUCCCUCUCUCCCCAUCACCCUUCCCCACUGUUUCACUGCUUCCUUCCUUCUGCUGCCUCUCCUCCUCCUCUCCCGCCGCCCACAAACUGCAGGCAGCAGCACAGCCGCCAUUUGA